AUGACCGAGACAGCAGGUUCACGCGUCAGCACAAGACCACGGGGAAAGCGAGUUCGUCACCCACCUGGGUAUAGAUCCUCUACGAUUAUCUCUUCUGAACUCGAUACAGCGCCGCUUCAAUCGCGCCCCUGGCUUGCAAGAAUGGAGUAUCUAUACAAGCUGUCCCACCUGCUUCCGUUUCAUUCACAGCACUAUCUCAAGCGCAUGCUAGGAAUCGCGGCAAUGACAACUCUUCGUUUAGACCCUUCAAUUAAGGGUACUAUAUGUAAGAGAUGUAAAUACCUUCUGAUCCCGCACCAGACUGCAACACUUAGCGUCUAUCGCCGUGCCCCACAACUACAGUGUCUAAAUUGCGGAGCGAUGCGUAUCCUUGCCCAAACUAAAAAAUCUAAAGCUCUUCAUGAAGCACAUAGGUCUCCACAAAAAUCUGGGACACAAGGCUUAUGA